ACAGCUGAAAACAUCCUGUUCACAGAUGGACAGUCAGCAUUGUUUCCUCUGGAAUAUUCAAAUAAUUAACACAAUGGUUUUUGAAGAAGUGAAGCAGUUGAUGCAAAUUUUAAAGAAUUGUGCACAAAUUUAUGGGAAGAUAAGUGAAAUUACUUUAAACAAUAAGGCCUGAUCAUGUCCGGUAUACCUUAACAUUUUUCUUUCCAAUUUCUGACAGUCACUGGAUUAUUGUUAAGAUAUUUGGUUUGACAGAAGCUAUAUUGUGUGUGUUAGUGUGUGCUUCCUCUUGCACAGGCCUUGAGGUUAGAAGGUGGAGCUACAUUGGGUUCUUCUUGGUUUCAUUUACGGUUACCCAAACUUUUGUCAUAUCAGUCUGAAUCGUCGGCAUGUAACCUGUGUUGUAAUGGUUUACAUCAUUGUCUUUCUUCAGCAUCGGUUUUAGUAUCAGUGGCAUUGAGAAUGACUGGGAUCCGGUACCUGGCUUGUCUGUGGACUGUGGUCAUCACUCUUACUGGUUUUGUUUUUUGCGGCGAUGUUUCGUUCGUGGAGCGGCUGGAGGGAGAGUCGGUGGUCGUCCACUGCCACAUGAAGCCGAGGGGCCAGCCACCCUUCGGCCUCUACCUGAAGCGCAGCUGGCUCCGUCCCGUAGACGUCUUCUUCAAGUACACCAAGAACGACGCCUCCGUCAACGAGUCCUUCAAAGGCCGAGUGAGCGUCAGCGGGGACCCGAGCAGUUACUCCGCCAACGUGACCAUCUUCCAGCUCAGGGCCGCCGACACAGACCGCUACACCUGCGAGUUCAUGGUGGAGAGAAUGGGCGCAGAGGAUGAAAAGAUCCAAGGCAACACCGAAAUCUUCCUCCAAGUCAGCUCUGAUGCUCCGAGCUCUGUGGACCUGGACCUGAUCCAGACCUGCACCGGAGACUCCGCUGUCCUUCCGUGUUUCACCCCAAAUAGCGAAGGCUUGGCUGUGGAAGGCGUGGUUCUGAACAGGCAAAGGGGCCGAGGCCCCGUGGAGGUGGCCUACCACUCUCAAAGGCGCCACAUUUCCCUGUUCCCCACUGAGAGAGUCCAGCUGUCGUCUGCGCCCGGACCGGGCGGCAUCACCUUCAAUGUGACGCUGCUGCAGCUCCAGCCUGAGGACAGCGCCCUCUACAGCUGCCAGCUGCUCCUGCGCGGCAGGCCGGACAGCAGCACCAGUCUUAAGGGUCAAGUGUUCUUUAUUUCCAUCCAAGGUGAUAGGUGUGGCUGCUCCAGCUACCCCAUGCUGCUCUACGCCUUGUCUGGAGCUGCGGGCAUCCUCUUCCUCCUCCUGCUCCUCGUUGGAUGUGUGGCGGCGCGUAAAGGUAAAACCCGCCAGGAUAUCAAGACACACUCUCAGGCGCCCAUCUACGAGGAGAUGAUCGGUAUGCAGUCUCCCAGCCGAAAGCUGACCGAAUCCUCCGAGUACAAAAACUGCCCGGUGAAGAGGGCCAGCCCUGGAAACCAUUAUGAAAGCCCGAGUGGGGCUCUCUUUCCCCGGAGGGAUUCUGAGAAAUGAUGUGUUAGAUCAGAAUAGGAUGACCCAAAACUUUCUGAGAUUCGCAGAACUCUUUCACAUCUGUUUAUUGACUAUCAGAAAAUAUAUUUUUGUGGCCUUUCAAACAAGAAAAAAAAAAAAAAAAA